AUGAGCUAAAACCUGCAUUAUACAUAGACAUAGAAGCAACUGAGAUCUUUGUUAAAGAGUGACAAGAGAGAUUACAAGUAGCUAUAGUGAUGGCUUUAAACUGGCUUCUUCAUUCUGCCUAUAACAUUGUCUUGGGGUACCCUAACUACAGCACUACAAAAGAACAGGCCACCAAAAGCAUGAAGAUUUCUUAUGGUAAUGAAUUGGAGGGCACCAGAAUGGAUGCUUCCAACUUCCAAAUGCCUCUUCAUUAUCCGCGUUACAGCAAGACGGAUUACCAGAAAAUGGAGGAGUGGAGGGUGGACUUGCUUCUGCAACAAUACGGCCUUAAGUCUGAAGCUAAGAAUGUUGAUGAGAAAAGGGCGUUUGCAAUGGGAGCUUUCUUGUGGCCUGAUCAAAUAUAAUUUAAAUCUCCGUCUAGCUUGUAUACCGGUCUUUCAAUUGGAUCUUGCACCAACAUGCUGCUGCAGAAGAUGAUCAGACACAAACAUAUUUGAGUCCAUAUGUCUUUAGUAAGGUAUAUGACUGCCAAUGUGCAUGGGUGUCUAAGAGUUUCCAUAUGUAGCUGGUUAAGUCUCUUUUCUAUGCAAUAAGCCCUUUUGGCUGAUAGCUAAUAUGAAGUAAUGUUUUCUGUUGUUCUGGAAUGUAAUCUACUCUGUAAAGGUGUUAUGAUGAGUGCCACUUUUUCUUUCC